AUGGCUCCUUCUACUUCCGGUCCCCAGAUCUUCGAGGAUGCCCACCGAGCUCCCAAACCGUCCGUUUUCCGGGCCAUGCUUUCAUCAAAACAUAAGAGAAACCAGUCCGCGGACGAUGCCAUGCCACCACAGCUUCCACCCAUCAAAUCAUCCGACCCUGUCCCCUUCCCCUGGACGCAGCAGCCUACCUCCACUCCCGGUCAUCUUCCACUAGGCGAGAUAGUUCCAAACCGCGAUGCUGGAGAUACCUACGUUCCGACCGCCAAGUAUGGCAGCAAGGAGGGCAAAGCACCACUACACAAGAAGACGAAGAGUGCCGUUUCUUUGAAGUCACUGAGAAGUUACAUGGAGCGGAAGGAUGGAAAGUCCGAAGAAGCCGAAGUGUCCGACGAAAUGAAGCCUAAGAAGGCUAAAUCAAACAACAGUCUCUCGGCGAUUCUCAAACGAUCACAGCGGGGCCGCAAGGACGGCUCAAAACAGAGUCGCGAUAAAGAGAACCGCAGCCCAACUGAUCUGGUUGACAGUAUGCCGUCGCCAGUUUGGUCCCAAGACUCCAUUCCAACCUACCAGCAACAGGUCAACAGAUCCCGACAGAAUUCACCCCAGAACUCGACAGCACAGAGUUCAACAAGCGACCGGCAGCGAAGCGUCGCUGACGAGCUCUCCCUCUAUACACCCAAAGGCUACAGUCCUGCCCAGCAACGAAACUUCCAUGAUUACCAUCAGCCCUCGCUCACCAAAUCUGGCGAGAGCAAGCCACGGCCAAAGUCAGAGAACUUCGCGGGCAACAAGAAAGUGAAGGAUAUGCUGGGGCCCUUGCAGCGCAUCUCCACCAACGAUACAAAUUCAAUUGAACGGGCGGACAGCGCCUCUUCGAAAACUUCAAAGAGCCAUAGUCUACACAGAGCCAGAAAGAUGUCUGCCUCUGAGAACCAGCCUCCCAAAUCUCCCGAGAAAGAAACAAACCCCAAGAGACUAUCGCGUGUGCAGGCCGCAAUCUCGGCGUUCAACGCUAAAGAUAAAGACGCCGAUAUUCACCGACAUCUCGACUCCAAGGAUGUUGAAAGCGAGUUUGAGAAGCUACUGGAUGCAAGGAAUAUUCCUCAUAACAUGCGAGAUAAGAUGCGCUCACUUGACACCAACAUCAAAGUUGAUUUCAUUCAGAAGGACAGGACUGAGAACGGAGCCCCCAACAGUGCUGGUACUUCUGAUAGUCGCCGUGGGCGUGGAAAGGAGUCCAAGGAUGACCAGAAGUCCCAAGACCGCAAGGGCUCCCGAUCACGGUCUAGAAGCCGUGGGUUCUCCUUUGGUAGAGGGUCAUCGUCUCCAGGCAAGAAAGCUCGGCCGGAGAGUGGAACUUUUGCUCGCCCACGAUCAGUAGAUCUUUCGCAGCCUGUGGGUGUUUACACAACUCUACACCCUGGUGGCUCCACGGCAACUCUUUCCGAAGCUGCUGUCGUGGACACUGCCGCAGAUCCUUCCGACUUUGUGCAUUAUCUGAGAGAGAUCCAAAAACCGGAGAUUAUUGAAGUGGGCAAGCUUCACAAGCUGCGCCUUCUGCUUCGCAACGAGACAGUAAGCUGGGUGAAUGGCUUCAUUACUGAAGGCGGAAUGGAUGAAAUAGUACAGCUCAUCUACCGCAUUAUGAAGAUGGAGUGGCGUGAGGAUCAUGAGGAUACUCUUCUCCAUGAAGCUCUACUCUGCCUCAAGGGUCUUUGCACUACGUCUAUUGCUCUUGCGCAUCUGACGAGCAUCGAAGCUGAGCUCUUCCCUGCCUUGUUGAAGAUGCUGUUUGAUGAGGAGAGGAAAGGACCUAGCGAGUUCACGACUCGCGGGAUCAUUAUCAACCUCCUUUUCACACAGCUAUCUACACUUUCUCCUGGCGAGUUGCCCGUGAAGCGUGCGGAGCGGCUUCUUGGAUACCUGCGUGAUCCAUCGCCAGCCGAUGGCAGCCAGCCUGUCUCGUUCAUCGCCAACAUAUACCAGUCUCGGCCAUACCGCGUGUGGUGCAAGGAAGUCACCAACGUGACCAAGGAAGUAUUCUGGAUCUUCCUGCACCACCUAAACGUGAUCCCACUUCCCAAGUCGGACCCCAAGUCGGACGAUCCCUUUACUGAGAAACGUCCGGUGGCGGAUAGCCACUCGUUCUAUCAGCGUAACUUCCCUCCACCUCGCCCGCCUGUUCCUGCAGCUCCAUAUGUUGGCGGGGUUGAGUGGGACGCUACGAACUACCUGGCCGCUCACCUUGAUCUUCUCAAUGGUCUGAUUGCCUCUCUUCCCACGCUUGAUGAGCGCAAUCAGCUCCGCUCUGAGCUUCGGGCCUCCGGAUUUGAGAAGGUCAUGGGCGGAACCAUGCGUACUUGCAAGGAGAAGUUCUACUCUUCUGUCCAUGAAUGCUUACGUACCUGGGUUGCUGCGGCCGUAGAAGAUGGCUGGCCAUAUACAUCCGUGCGUGAGGGACCUCCUCGCUCUGGCGAGCCUGGCUCCCCUACCAAGUCGCCCAAGAAGGCUGCGCCUGGUAGCCCCAAGAAGGGCUUGGUUGACGAAAGGCCACCCAAACUGGAAUUGGUGCUGAACCUGCCGCUCAACCUCCCGGAUAGCCGUGCUGCUCAUAGCCCACUGACGCCAUCCAGUGAUCUACGCAGCUGGCUCUAG